GAGAGGGCCAGGUGGCGAGAUGGGGAAGAUGGCGGCGGCCGUGGGCUCGGUGGUGACGCUGGCGACAGAGCCCGGGGAGGACGCCUUUCGGAAACUUUUCCGCUUCUACCGGCAGAGCCGGCCGGGGACCGCAGACCUGGGAGGGGUCAUCGACUUCUCGGCGGCCCAUGCAGCCCGCGGCACGGGUCCUACUGCCCACAAGGUGGUCAGAUCUCAGCUAAGUGUGUCCUCAGUCAGUGAGCACGAUGCACAUAGAGCAGGACUUCAGCCCGUCAGCAAGUGGCAAGCCUACGGCCUCGAAGGCUAUCCUGGAUUUAUUUUUAUCCCAAACCCCUUCCUCCCAGGUUACCAGUGGCACUGGGUGAAGCAGUGCCUUAAGUUGUAUUCCCAGAAACCUAAUGUAUGUAACCUGGACAAACACAUGACGAGAGAAGAGACCCAGGAUCUGUGGGAACAGAGCAAAGAGUUCCUGAGGUAUAAAGAAGUGAAUAAACGGCGGCCUCGAAGUUUACUAGAGAAACUGCGUUGGGUGACCCUAGGCUACCAUUAUAACUGGGACAAUAAGAAAUACUCAGCAGAUCAUUAUACACCUUUCCCUUCUGACCUGGCUUUCCUCUCAGAGCAAGUAGCUGCUGCCUGUGGAUUUCAAGGUUUCCGAGCUGAAGCAGGUAUCCUGAAUUACUACCGCUUAGACUCCACGCUGGGAAUCCACGUAGACAGAUCGGAACUAGAUCACUCCAAACCCUUACUGUCAUUCAGCUUUGGACAGUCUGCCAUCUUUCUCCUGGGAGGUCUCAAAAGGGAUGAGGCCCCCACAGCCAUGUUUAUGCACAGUGGUGACAUCAUGGUAAUGUCAGGUUUCAGCCGCCUCUUGAACCAUGCAGUCCCUCGGGUCCUUCCAAAUCCAGAGGGGGAAUGCCUGCCUCACUGCCUAGAGACGCCUCUCCCAGCUGUCCUCCCCAGAGAUUCAGUGAUAGAGCCCUGUUCUGUAGAGGACUGGCAGGUGUGUGCCAGCUACUUGAAAACUGCUCGUGUUAACAUGACUGUCCGACAGGUCCUGGCCACAGACCAGGACUUCCCUUUGGAACCUAUGGAGGAAAAAAAAGGGGACAUCACCACAGAAGGUUUCUGCCAUCUGGAUGACCAGAAUAGCCCAGUAAAACGGGCUAGGAUCGACGCUGACAGUAAAUGACCAUGCUCUUUUGUAUUGCCAUGGACCAAGAUAAGCCAAACAACAGAGACAGGGAAGAACUCAUCAUUGAUCACACUGUUGCCUUGGAUCUCAUCCUGAAGACUAAACUGAUGAACCACUGCUCAGAGAAGUGUUUGACCUAGUCCAAUCCUAGUUAGAUGUUGGCAUUAAUGUAUGUUGAAAAGUCAGUCCGAGGGGGUAUUCUUCCAUAACAGCCUUCUCAGCCUCUACCAUUACCUCUCAGAGAGGUACAAGCAAGUUUCCAUGUCUGCAGAGUCUUUAAAUACCUCAGAUUUUAUCAGUGGGAACUAUAGUACUCCUUCCCCCUGCAUCUGGUGAUUUGUGGUAGUUGUGGUUCUGUGAACCAGCCGUCAGUCUCGUCUUCUCAACUCCUGCAGUCAUCAUCAAAUUCUUUGGUCUUCUCUUCCAUCUUCUGGAAUCCUAUACACAUUAAGAUAAUGGAACAAUCUUGUCCUCUAGAAGAGAAAGUAAUCACAACUCUCUCUCUUGGGUAAAAGAUACGUGAACCGAAGGAAAGGUGAACAGUAGUUUCUCCACAUGUCAUUUCCAUCUCCAAACUCCACGUUGGCUUUUUAAUGUGGUUUUAAUUGUUGGACUAAAAACGUCCUGAGGGUGUUUUGUUGCUUUUUUCUCCAUGAAUAAACUUAUUCAAUUUUAAAUUAAA